AUGGCCGGCAUAACUCGGGUUCAGCGAGCCCUCCAUUUUCAAUUCCAGCCUUGGAAUCACUAUCCUUUCCACGCCCACCUCCGAUCCAAAUUACUGCCCAUCUGCGCGCAAUCCCUUUUCUCGACCUCCGCCCCGAGCCAGCAAUCCCGCGGACACUCCCCAUCACCAUCCCCUACAACCACCGCUGUCUCAACUCCCUCCAAAACCGAAAUAAAUGCCCCAAUCAGCACGCACCCUGCCGCCAUCACAACCCCAUCCCCCCUACCUUCCUCCGCAGGCGCAACAGGCAAAUUAAGACGCUAUGUCGAAUUCGGCCGCGCAUACGUGACCUUCUACAAAACGGGCCUGAAAAACGUCUACCGCAACUACCGCGCCUCACUCCCUCUACGGAGGAAACUAGGUCUGCCCGCCUACAUCCCCAUAUCCCCGCCACGGACAAGAGCACUCAACCCCAACAACGGCAGCGCGCCAUCACUAGCACCAAAAUCCAAGCUCGGCCGCGCGCAAUUCCAGCUCGUCCGCCGCUCGGCCCGCGAUGUCCGCCGCAUGAUCCCCUUCACGAUGAUCCUGAUCGUCUGCGGCGAGUUCACACCCCUAAUCAUCCCGAUUUUCGGCUCUGCCAUUACACCCGCGACGUGUCGUGUGCCCUCGCAGGUGGAAAAGGAGCGUGUUGCUGCUACGGCGCGCAAACUCGCGGCCCUACAUGUGUUUGUCGCUGAGAAUAAGGAUCGAUCCAUGCAUUUGCUCAAGGCCGGCGAUGCGGAGCAGUUGGCUCUGCUUGCUAGGUCUUUUGCUGACCCUGUCUGGGUCGCUAGUGCGGGCUCCGCAGAUGUGUUGCGUGCCUGUGCUGUUUUUGGUCUGGUUAAGCGUCAUGAUAGGACUGCGGGCGAGUCGCUUGCUGGUUUGAUCUACCGGCCUCGGCUGGCGCGGUAUGUCGAGUACCUGGCUAUUGAUGAUGGGAUGAUCCGUGUUGGUGGAGGGGUUUCGGCUAUGAAUGCUACUGAGGUGCGGAUUGCGGCUGAGGAACGUGGUGGUGUGGAUGUCUCUUCUGGUACUCAAGACCGGAAACGCGUAGAAGAAUUGGAGAGGCGCUGGUUGGAGCAGUGGCUGUCUGUUCGUGGAGACAGUCCCAGGUCCAAGAAGUAG